AUGUCCGAGCUCCCGCCGCAGGUGUCCGUCCUCAUCCUCGGCGGCCUGGUUCACCUCGCGAGGCCACUCGUCUGUUUCCUCGUCAACAGCGACAAGGACCCAGCAUGGUCGGGCCCUAGAAUCAGCCACAUCCGCAUCGCAGACAAGUUCCUCGUCGCCCCGGGCGCCAGCACCACCCACGUCGACCCGGAAACCAUGCAGGCGCUCGAAGACCCGCGCGUCGAAUACAGGCAGGUCAACCUCAACAUCGCUGCCAACGUCGAAAAGGUCUACGACAACCCAAAUGGCGGCAGCUACGAUAUCGUCUUUGAUUUCACCGGCGAGGGCGUGCUGCCCAUCAUCCUGCCCGAGGAGCUCCUCAUCGAGCGCACCGUCAAGCUGGCCCACGCCCUCGCAUGCGAGUCGCGGCGGCGCAACGUCCGUGCUCACAUCCGCGACACAAACUGCUUCAUGACCGUGUCGCCCGACGCCGCGCCGGCAAAGGAGGGCGACGUGCCCAAGCCAAAGACGAUCCGCUCCUACUGGUGGUACGAGGCCGAGCGCGCCGUCGCCAGCGUCGAGGGCCUCAAUCUCGCCAUCCUCCGCCCCGCCCAGGUCAUGGGCCCCCACCUCUACCACAGCGCCGCCACCGCCCGCUUCAUGAUUGGCAAACUGUACCAGUGGACGUCGGAACCGAUGAAGUGGCUCUGGGGGCCCGACCUGCGCAUCCACACCCUCUGGUCCACCGACUGGUGCCGGGCCGCGUGGGGCGUGGCGCAGUGGGUCUCGCAGCGCGACCGCCGGGCGUGCGACGACGAGGCUGGUGAGAAGCUUCCGCCCGUGCAGAUGAAGGACAAGGUGCAGGCCACGCUGCGCGAAAAGGUCGGGCAGGGCUGUUGCCCGCGCGACGCGACGCCCACGGCACCCGUCUUCAACGUCGUCGACGACGAGGACAUGACACAGGGGAAGCUGAUCAAGAUCGUCGGCGAGUACUACAAGAUUGAGGUGGGCUUUGUCAAUGCGGCCAUCAACGCGUGGGCCAAGCUCAACUUUUCGAGCGUCGUCGACGAGGUCAACGAGCGGCACGCUGCGAUUGUCGAGGACGUGUUUCUCAAGUACGCCAACCGGGGCACGCACCUGACGUCGUUCCAGGAUCCCGAGGCGCUCGCCAACCGCGCCAUUGCGCUCGACGGCAGCAAGAUCCAGCGCGUCAUUGGCUGGCGCCCGACGGUGCGCAUCGGGACCGAGCAGCUGCAGGAGAUGAUGGACGCGUGGGUGCGCUCCGGAGCCAUACCCGAAGCGCUCGCAAAAGCCACUGGGCCCAACCAAUGA